AUGGAGAAUGGCACUUGUCGGUCGGGCAUGAACCGGCAGAAACUCAACAGGCUGGUGCUCAUGCAGGAUAGCGAGCAUCUCAUUACCAGUUCCGACGGCAGCUUUGAAUCCUUGGGCUGGGCUAGCCUGGAGAACGAGCCAGACUUGAGCAGCUCCGGGAUCAUGACGCCAAGCACAGAUUCAGGCGAGGGUGUCAUGCUGACGCCUAGUAGCAGUCAGAUGGACUUGAUGAGCCUUGUUGGAAGGGAUUUUACUGGAUUCGAUUUAUCUGAUACGGAUAGUGACUGUACAGAAUUGCCCGCGGACGGCAUUUAUCUUUGCCCCCUCUGUCCUAACAGCCUCCGGCGCUUCAAUGGAAGAAAAGCUCUCGAGCAACACAUGCAAUCACCUGCUCACAUGUCCAAGAUUUUUCACUGUCCUUCAAUUCUAUUUCAAGGAAACUCUGGGAAAUCCAAGCCGAGCAUGAAGAAGUUUUCAACAAUUAGCGGGCUUGUUGCUCACAUCGAGAGCGGUGCGUGCAGUGGCGGCAAUGCUGGGCUGCGUACAGUGAUGCAGUACAUGGAAGAGCGGCUGGAAGAUAUGGGAAUGUCGUUCAAGCUGCUGAGCAUAUAA